AUGACAUUCAAGUCUGGAGGACAGGAGAGCUCCCUCUGGAACGAAGAGGACGGCUUCUAUUACGACGCCAUCUCGUACGGCGAACCCUGGACCCAACAGCUUCCCGUGCGAUCCCUUGUUGGCCUUAUCCCGCUGUACGCCGUAUCAACACUCGAGCCAGAGUUGAUCAACAAAUUCCCCUCCUUCAAGCGCAGGCUGGAAUGGUUCAUUGAAAACCGCCAGGACGUGGCGGAACGUAACAUUGCCAGCAUGAAGCGUCGCGGCAAGGGUGAACGGCUGCUCCUAGCCUUGGUCAGCAAAGACCGCCUCGAGCAGAUCCUCAAACGGAUGCUCGACGAAACCGAGUUCCUCUCAGAGCACGGCAUUCGCUCAAUGUCCAAGUACCACGAGGACCACCCGUACUCGAUGGAAGUCAACGGCCAGAUGUUCCGCGUUAGCUACGUUCCCGGCGACUCGGAUAGCGGCCUCUUCGGAGGAAACAGUAACUGGCGUGGGCCUGUUUGGCUCUGCGUUAACUUCUUGCUUGUCGAGUCACUUCUGCGGUUCUAUAUGUUCUACGGAGAUUCGUUCAAGGUUGAAUGUCCCACGGGCUCUGGAGACUAUAUGCAUCUCGCCCAGGUAGCCGAGGAGAUCCAACAUAGACUGCAGCACCUCUUCGCCCGAAACGAUGAAGGCCGCCGCGCAGUCUACGACGGCUCGGACCUCCUUGACUUCGACGAACACUGGAAGGACUACAUGUGGUUUCACGAGUUCUUCGACGGCGAUACCGGUAGAGGACUUGGUGCCUCUCACCAGUGCGGGUGGACGGGCCUCAUCGCUAAAAUCAUCCAUGAUACAGGUGUAAACUGCCGCCUCCCCCAAACCCCCCGCUUCCCCUUCGCCGCAGCAAGCCACUACUUCGACGACAUCUUCACGCGCUCCGUGCGCGGACACAGCCGCCGGGGCAGCAGCCGCGCAAGCAGCGGUCGCCCCUUUGUCCGCCGCUCCUCGACCAGCCGGUCAAUCGGAAAUAGAAGCGAUUUCGAGUCUGCGUUCAAUACGCCUGCGCCCGAGACGCCGACUGAGGAGGAAUUCGACGAGAGUAAGAAGAAUGGGAACGGGAAUGGCAGUGGCGGUUUCGAUGAGCAUGUUUCGCAGUAUGUCGAGAGUCAGUUGCAGCGCGUGCGCAGUCAGGUCUCUAUGGGGGCGUAUGAGGAUGAGUUUGAGACGCAGGUUGAUGGCGCGAAUGGGAAUGGGAAUGGGCGUAACAGUAACAGUAAUGGGCGUUUCUUGUCUCGUUUUGAUUUGAUUUGUCUUCGUCGUUACGCUCCAAGUUGA